AUGGCGGAUCCAGGAGUCUGCUGCUUCCUCACCAAGCUCUUGUGCGAGAACAAGUCGGGGUCCUCGGAUGUCCAGCGUUUGAGCCAGAAGAUCGGCUGGUCGGAGGCGCAGCUGAGCCAGAUCCUGCAGGAGGCCGGGCCCGAGCGCUUCCUGCUGGUGGAGGACGAGGACCCCUCCGUAGCCGUGGCCGUGGCCGUGAGCCCCUUGCGCCUCUGCGGCUACUACCUGAGGGACGAGUGUGACGGCUGCGAGCGGCUACACCUUUGUAAACUGUUUGUGCAGGAUAGGUGCAGGUAUAAAAAGCAGGGGUACAAAUGCAGAUUUUCCCAUGAUAUUCAUUUGCCUGGGAAUAGCAAAAUCCUGAAAAAUAAUGCACUUUUUGGCAUCAAUGAAUCAGAGCUCAAAGUCCUGCUUUUUCAGAAUGAUCCUUCCCUUUUGCCUGAGGUCUGCCCCUUCUACAACAGAGGUGAAGGGCCUCAUGGAUCCUGCAAUCUCCAGGAUAAUUGCACCAAGCUCCAUGUUUGUAAGCAUUUCAUCUGGGGGGAGUGUCGGUUUCAGAAGUGCAAGCGAUCUCAUGAUCUACAUACUGAAAAUGUGAUGAAAUUACUGAGGGAUCAGGGGUUGAAUGCCUCCACCAUUUUGAACAUCCAGAGAAUCUGCAAGUAUAAGCAUGGAGAGAUCUGCAAGUCCUUUGACAAGAAGAAAGAUAAACGAUCUGAAUCUGCUCCUACAAGCAAUGAGAAGACAAAAAGCAGUGAGAUUUGCCUUUACUACAUCUGGAAAUUCUGCAAACAAAAAAAUAAUUGUAGAAAUGUUCAUUACAAGUUGCCCUACCGAUGGCAAAAGUUGGAUGGCACUGUCUGGAAUGAUCUUCCCAUGAUGGAAGGGAUUGAAAAAACUUAUUGUGAUCCAAAGAACUCCAGAUAUGUUUCCCCAGCCCCAUCUCCCUCAUCUCCCUCGUAUAUCAGUCUCCUGUUCAACUUGGCUCUUGGUCUUCCGCCUCUUUUCCCAAAUGUUGGAGCCCAAAUGGGAGACCUGGAUAUCAAUUUUGAGACUAUGACCUGUGGUUUGAAUCAAGUACGUCGCUUAUCCACCCCCUCCUCAGUCACCAAACCUUCCAGUAUUCUCCUAACCACAACAUGGCUUUGGUAUUGGCUGAAUGACAAUGGUCAGUGGGUUGAAUAUGGAACCCAGGGUGAACAUCAUCCUCCAUCUUCAAUAACAUCCACAGAUAUAGAAACAAUAUACCUUGCUGAUUCACAUUCCACUGUUGACUUUCAGGCUGGACAUCAGUUUUAUGAAAUCAACUUUAAAGAAAUGGUUCAGAAAAAUUUGAUAUGCCAAACCAAAAGAAAAAUAUGUAGGAGGCCAAAAUUUGUAUCUGCUGAAGACGUGGACAAACUAAGGAAACGUAAUCAGGCAGAAGGGAGCCGGCAGGGUGCUUUCACUUUUGCAGUCCCUCCCUCCUGGGACAAAUCAGCUGUGCCAGAUGUUGGCUAUAAGCUUGUGAUGCUCAAUGAAACCUCUAAAGAAUUCAAUGAUGUCAAGAGCCAAUUUGAAAAGACAAUGACAGGUUUCGUCAUUCAACGUAUCCAAAGGAUUCAGAAUUUGGCCCUUUGGCAAGUCUUCCAGUGGCAGAAGGAGCAGAUGAAAAAGGUGAAUGGAGGGAAGGAUGUGGAUGAAAGACAUUUAUUUCAUGGAACAAAAUACAUCCAUAUGAAUGACAUCUGCAGUCAUAAUUUUGAUUGGAGGAUCUGUGGGACCCAUGCAACAGUCUAUGGCAAAGGAAGUUACUUUGCAAGAGAUGCAAGUUAUUCACAUAAUUACUCUGAGUCGGAGACCAAUGUCAAAAUCAUGUUCCUGGCUCGAGUUCUGGUCGGAGUUUUCACUCAAGGAGAUUCAAAAUAUGUCCGGCCACCAAUGCGACAGGGUACGCAGAAUACCUUCUAUGACAGCUGUGUCAAUAACAGAUUGGAUCCCACCAUAUUUGUGAUUUUUGAGAAGCAUCAGAUUUACCCAGAGUAUGUCAUAGAGUAUGCUGAGAAGAGUAAACAGUGCACCAUUAGUUAAGGCAAAAGAAUUCACUAUUUCCUCAAUUGAAUCAUUCCUUCCGCGCCCCCCCCCCCAUUUUUUUGUGAAUAAUAGAAAAGUAGCUUUUCUACCUUCCUGUUUUUAAGGAAAGCAGUAAGUGAUCAUGUGGGAGAGCAUUUACUCAAAGAUGACUUGUAAAUGCCUUUUGUAGCAGAUAUGUUUAUGAAAGACCACAUGAAACAUAAUUUCCAGAAGUAGAAUCCUGUUUUAAAUGCACCCAAGGAGCUCACUAUUUAAAGGUAUGCGGCAUUGAAUCAUGAUGCAAAAAAAAAACAACAAAAAACAAAACAAAAAAAAAACCAACAACAAACCUUUGAAGUACAAAAAGUCACUACCUAAUUUAUCUGUUUCCAAAGGUUGGAUUUUCGUAAAAGUCUUUUAAAAAAAACAAAAAACUUUUUUAUUAGCUAGUGUACUGCUGUAGGGAGUCUCUUUUAGUUACUUUUCAAUUGGAUGAGAAGACUACAUCACCUGAUGGAUCAGCCCAUUAACAAACAUUUAUUAAGCCCCUACUAUGUACCAGAAAAUGCACGAUGUAUUAGGGAUACAAAGAAAAAUAGAAGACAGUCCUUCCUCUCAAGUUCAUAGUCUAAUGAGGGAAACAACAUAUAAACAACCGUACAAUUCAGCCAUUUGGGGAUAAAAUGGAAAUGAUCAACCUAGGAAAGAUAUAAAAAUGAAAGGGAAUCAGAAAGGGCUAACUGGAGAAGGAAGGAUUUUAGGUGGGCCUUAAAGGAAGCCAGGAGAAAAAUGAGGAGGGAGAACAUUCUGGGUAUGAAGGAUAGCUAGAGAAAAAUCCUGGAGCUGAGAGGUGCAGUGUCUUGUUUGUAGAAUAGCAAGGAGGCUAGUGUCACUGGACUGAAGAGUACAUGAGGGUGAGGGGCAGGGUGUAAGGUGUAAGAAGAGUAAGGAAGCUAGGUUAUGAGGGAUUUUGACAAGCAGAGGAUUUUAUAUUUGAUAUUAGAGGUGAUGGGAAGCCACUGGAGUUUAUUGUCACUCCAACAGGGCUACGUGGUUGGAUUGGUGUUUUUUUUGACAACUUUGACAGCUGAAUGGAGACUGGAUUGGAGUGGAAAGUCUUGUGGCAGGCAGAUUGACCAGCAGGUUAUUGCAAUAGUCCCAGUGUAAGGGGAUGGGAGUGUAUAUGAAGGUGAUGGUGGUGUUAGAGAAGAAAAAGGGGUCUAAUCAAGAGAUGUUACAAUGGUAAAAUUGAUAGGCCAUGGCAACUGAUUCAAGGUGGGGGGUGGUGGUAAAAGAGUGAGGAGUCAAGGAUGACGCCUAGAUUGUGUGCCUAGGUGAUUAGGAGGGUAAUGAGCACCCUUGAUAAUGAGGGAAAUUUGAGACAGGGGAAGAUUUUUUGGGAAAAGAGUAUGGGUUUUGUUGUGGACAUGUUGAAUUUGAGAUAUUUAUAGGACCUCCAGUUUGAGAUGUCUAAGAGUCAGUUCGAGAGUGGAGGUCAGCAAAGGUUAGGAUUGGAUAUCGAGACUUGAGGGUCACCAGUGUAGAGAUGAGAGAGAAAAGAAGGUCCAAGACAGCCCUGUGGGACAUCUAGGAUUAGCAGAAUUAGCUGGAUGAAGAUCCAACAAAGGAGACCAAGAAGAAGUCAGAUAGGUAGGAGGAGAGAAUGACGUCGCCCCCCACCCCCAAAUAACUAGAGAGAAGAAAGUAUCAGGGAGAAUAAGGUGAUCAAGAAUGCCAAAAGCUGCAGAGAGGUCAAGAAGGAUGAGGACUGAGAAAAAGCCCUCACUUUUGGCAAUUCAGAGAUCAUUAGUAAGUUUGGAGAGAUCAGUUUGAUUGAAUCAGGAGUCAGACUGUGAGUUAAGAAGAGAAUGAGAGGAAGAGAAGUGGAAGCAUCUAUUUUAGAUCACCUUCCAUGAGUUUAGCAACAAAAGACAAGGGAGGCCUGGGAUAAGAGUUAGUGGAGCUGGAUGGAUUAAGUGAGGGUAUUUUUGAGAAUGGGUGAGAUGUCCGCAUGUUUGUAGGUAGUAGGGAAGCAGCCAGUAGACAGGGAGAAAUCAAAGAGAGAGUGGGGAUGCGGGAGGGGAUAAUCUGUUGGGGAAGAUAGAUUGGAAGAGAGUCACUUGUGCACAUAGAGAGGUUUGUCUUGGCAAGAAGGGCUCCCUCUUCAUGUGAGAUAGGGAUGAAAUAGGAAGUAAUGGUAGAAGGCCACUGAGUGAUGUGAAAUGAAGAGAGGAGAAAGGGGAGAAGAGGGAGCUUUGAUAAAUGGUCUCAGGCUUUUCAGUGAAGAAGUCUUUCUCCCUACUUCUCUAUUCAACUGACUGAACUUGCAUCGUGUCCUGCUUAUGUAUUUGUUCCUUGCCCAAACUUGGGACCAAAGUGGAAACUUUGAGGAAAGGCUAGAAUCAAGAUGCUGGGAGCUGCUAAUGUUAGAAUUUGGUACCUGUUUACCACAAUCAUUUGCAUAUUAUUUAUAAUAGGAUACAAAUUUAUUCCUUCAGCUACCCUUAUGUUAGAGGGCCUAGUUUAAUGCAUCAUGACUACUAGAAAGGGAAUGUGGGCUAUGAUAUUUGAAAAUUCUAGAGUUGUGCUCUACAAAAUCAGUUGCUCAUUUGUUGAGAUAUAUAAUAUUUGGCAGUAUCCUCCCUAACUAUACAAUUAUAUUUAGGAAUGUACUAUCUAUUGGAGAAGGAAAAACUAGAAAAAACUUCCUAAGAUUCAUUCUUUCACUCAAACCUAGGUCCCAACACACUUUUUAGAUUAUUCUAUGGACAUUAGCCAUAGUCUGAUCUUUAGCCAAUGAAAGCUUAAUUUAACAACAUUCCUUAUUUUUAAGGAUGCUUUUAUUGACAUAAUACCUAAAAGUACCAACUAUCUCAUUUCUGUGGUUACUCCUUCUGCUAGUACAGCUCUCACCACACCUAUACUUUUUCAUUCCGUGUGAUAUUUGUCCAUAUUUUCCAAAUAUCCUCUAUAGUGGAUUUCGCAGUGUGCUAAAAGACCUGUUUCUCGUUUGUCCACCUGGCUGGAAUCCCUAACUUUAACUAUAUGAUGCUUGCUGCUCCAUACAUAUUUUUAAUUCUAGGAUGAUAUCCCUACAUCAUAUGAUGCAUGCAGGUCAUUUUUCUGCAUAUGGCAUAGUCUUUGCCCACCAUAUGUCUUUCCAUUGCCCUUUUAAUUUUUAUUCUUCAGAAAUGGUGGUAUCUCAAAUUUGUAACUAUACUGCAUCAAAAGGACAAAACGGAUAUUAAGAAGAUGGGCUUUUGUGUUUGCAAGCAGCUUAAGAUCUUUGAAAGGACUAGAUGAUUAGGCCCAUCCUUUUGGAAUAGCCAUGAAUCUCUUUAAGGAGGAGUUCAUAUAAUUUAUGUUUUGGGGUUUGAUGCAUUUCCCACAGUCUUAGGAACAUA